CACGGUCAAUGAGCGUUAAGUCAUUCCUCUAUAGAUGGACGCUCACAGCGAGCAAAAGCGGAAUGUACUAUUUGCUUUGCACACUCGGAACUAUCUAGCAAGUUGACAUUUUGUCGGUUUUAAUCAUAACGUUUCUUAGGUUUUUACAUAAUAGCCCCGAGUGUUGGCUACGACACUGGUCUAGUACUAGUGACUAUUCAACCAUUUGACAGUUAAUUUUGACACUUCAACAAUUAAACGCAAAGGCGGUACUUAUUGUGGGCAGUACUUGUGCUUUCAGCUUUCAGUAUAUGUCAGGUAUAUGUUUUGUGACUGCGAAGGCGCGGAUGCAAGUACCAAGCACUGAAGGGCUAAUAACUGAAGAAGUAAUAUCUGUACAUUUUAUUUGUACUGCAUCCUUUCAGAAUAAUAUACUCGUAGAUCUGGUUUUGGAAAACUGCAUUUUUGUGUUUACAGUUAUGGGCGCAAAAGAGGAUUGUGUACAGUAUUAUUUAGAUGAAGUAGAAGCGGAGGUCGAAGACACAUUACAAAAAAUUGAUGCAAAGUACAGCGUGGCUACUCCACAGACUAAUGAUGAUUUUGAUCAGUCAUUAGCAGUGCUUUCUCAGGAACUUGACUCACUUGGUUUACCACCAUUGGAUCUGUCCCAACCAUUUGAAAAUCAAUUCAGGCUACUUGUGGAUGGAGCUCAUUCCUUAGUAAAUAUAUGUCGAACAACUGUGGUGCAGACUAAAAAUGCUAGUACAGAAAGUAGAGUCAUAGCUGCUAAGCGAGCAGAAAUACAGAGUAUAAACAAUGACCUGAAAGCUAAAAUACAGAAAAAUGAGGAAAGAAAAAAUGUCUUUGAGAAUCAAAUAUGUAGAUUGAAAACUGAGCUACAAAAAGCAAAGCAAAGGGAAGAGGAACUGAAACGAGAACUCCAAACUACAAAAAGAUACUACCAGACAAAGGAAAAAGGAUAUCUGCAUGAUAUCAGGAGAUUGAUAAAGGAAAAUCAAAAACUUCAGGAAAAGUGUCGACUGGAUAUCAAUAUCCACUCAAAUGAUGAUGUUAUUAAAAACGUUCUAGGAAGAUAUAAAGAAAAUGAACAAGUCUUAAAAGAUACAAUCAGCAAGAUGAUAGAUGAAAACAGAAAACUUCUGGAAGAAAAUUUACACUUGAGAGAACAGACGUGAGGUUUUCUCAAUUUUUGUAUGCCUACACUAGUUUAUAAACUGACUAACUCAUUUAGACUGACUAAACUGUGAUGUAUUAUGCAAUGUUCAAUGCAAGUUUAAAUUUUUAUUACAUAUUUUUGUACAAUUUGCGUCUCUUUUCAAUCAAAACAUUUUUUUCUGUGCAAAGUUAUAAUCAUCCACAACCAAAUAACAAUAAAUUGCUUAGAAACCAGUUGUAAUAGAUAGGAUAUGAAUUUUCAACGCCUGGAAUCUACUCUUAAAAAUAAAGAUAUUCCAUACUCACUAUUUGUGUUGACCAAUUUUGAGCCACCUUGAGUAAACAUCAUGACUCGAAAAUGACGUCAUUAAUCGGUUACCUUUGGUCGGAAACGUCAUUGAAUAAAAAAUGACGUCUUUAUUCA